GAAUUUUAGCAGGACAGUCGCCAAUACCAUCGACGGUAUGGGAAACUCGACGAAAAUCGAUUUCAACGAUUCACUGUUGUUAUCCAACACUAAUGAGGAUGCGUUCUGGAGCAAGGAACAGUUGGUGUUUUUGAAUCAGGUCCCUCGAAACGCCUUCGUCAUUAUGGGCUUGAUUGUUUCAACUAUAGGCAUCGUGGGGCUAGCGGACAACGGAACCGUCCUCUUCAUCUUCUCGAGAUUCAAAAGGCUAAGAUCCCCUCCAGCCAAUACAUUCAUCAUUAAUUUGGCUUUAAGCGACAUGGCAGCAUCAGCUCUUCAUUCGAUGGCUUCCUAUUCAAAUUUUAAUGGGCGUUGGGCAUUCGGCAGUCUUGGAUGUAAACUGUAUGCAAUGGGAAUUACCUGUUUUGGCCUCGUUUCCAUAUUGACAUUUAGUGCCAUCGCAUGUGAAAGAUGCCUCGUGAUCAGUUUGACAGACAGCCACUGGAAAGCGAGUCGAUUUCAGGCCAAAACAGUGUGUGGCUUCAUCUGGUUGCAUUGUACCAUCCUGGUGAGUUUGCCUAUCUUCGGAUGGUCAUCGUACGUUCCGGAAGGAUUGCUGACCACUUGCUCCUGGGAUUACAAGACGAGAACAAUAUCUAAUAGAGCCUACUAUAUUUUACUACUUACCGCUGGAUUUUUUCUGCCCGUUUUGCUCAUCUUCAUCAGCUACGGCCGCAUUUUGACGACCGUUUUAUCACAGGCCCGGCAAUUGGUUUGCACAAAUUCACACAACAGCGUCUUGCUCAAAUUACGGCGACAAACGGAAAUCAGAACGGCUCAAAUCGUCGUCACGCUCAUCAUCAUUUAUCUCACUGCCUGGACUCCUUACUCAGUUGUUACUCUCAUAGGCCAGUUUGGACCACACGAUUCCCCACCGUCGCCCUUGGCUACCGCCAUAACAGCCUAUUUCGCAAAAACAGCAGUUCUGAUUGAUCCGUUAGUUUUUAGUUUCUGUCAUCCACAUUUUCGAAAUUCGCUCAAAAAUUACCUGUUGAAUUUUUGCUUUUCACGUCACGUUGAAAUCGGUUCCGACAUCCGUCCCCAUCCUAGCGGCGGCAUUUCGAAAUGUAGCAGCAAAAGUUGGCCAGGCGGACUGCCCAGCGGCCACCAUUCGCGCGGCAUGACUGUUUAUCCAACGGCAGCUUGUUGCGCCCUGCGAAUUUGCGAUCCACAAACUUGUACACGAUUUUUAUCGUCUAAUAAUGUUGCCAAUAACGCAGGCAAUACGAACCGAAGAAAUGGCCGGAUGCUCCGGACCUUCCGCGAGUUAUCGCUCAACGACGUUGCCCAGACCAGUUUUUCGGCAAAUAAUCGCGCGGUGGGAGCAGCAAACGGUAGAGCUGGUGGCACUUCUGGCACAACUCGAACAUCUAGACAUCAAGCACAUUCCAAUGUAAGAUACAAAGUCCGCAACGCCGAGUUCUACAGUGAAAUUAUAGGCUUUUCGGGCGUUUCAGUAGAUGCUUUCGGAGGAAAUCAUCAGCCUGCUUAA